AUGAUAGAGCAUAGUUGUCAACUGGUGGUUGUGGUUUAUGUCGAUGACAUAAUUUUUGGUGGACAUAGUGAUGUGGUGUGUAAGCAAUUUGCAGAGAGGAUGAAGACCGAAUUUGAGAUGUCCAUAUUAGGAGAGCUAUCCUACUUUUUGGGUUUGCAGGUGAACCAGAAGAAAAAUGGCAUCUUCAUUUCACAGGUGAAAUAUGCAAAGGAGAUGUUGAAAAAAUUCAACAUGGAGGACAGUAAACCGGUGGGUACCCCAAUGGUUGUAGGAUGCAAGCUGAGUUCAACAGAUGAAUCACCUCUGGUGGAUCAGACUUUAUACAGGUUAAUGAUAGGCAGUCUACUGUAUUAG